ACUUGCGCAUCGAAGAAUGCCGUGGAGUUAGUAGCCUUUUUUCGUGUAAUUAACCGCUCAAUCCGACCACCAUCAUGUCGCGCGGCUUCCGGGUUCCUGCACAGUUGCCAACGAAACCGCGCAAAGGAUUGCUCCCACUGGAUCACCGCCCACAACUGCCACCAACGAGUCCCUCCGUGUUCCGGGCGCCGGUUGCGGUGCGCACCGUGAAGCGCAAGGAUGAUUCGAAAGUGGCGCAACUCAUGGAGCUCGACAACACGCUACUCAAUGCCGUCGACCUGGAGAACAUCGAACAGCAGGCCAUCGCCCGGAAACCAGCUUCCCCGAGAAAUGAGCCUUCGAAGGCCAAGUUUAAACGAUCGCUACCGGCAGGAGCUGAACCGAAGAUACUGGCCAGUACGCCUAAACGGCGGAGAUCGAGUAACGGUGGGCGCAAGAUUUACGUCCUGCAGAUGAGCAUGGAAGCAGAGGCAGCAGGCGAUGCACCACCAGCACCGGCAGCCAGUGAUGAGAGCAACGCUGAGAACGAUCCUGCACGUGCUGAGUCGUUGUCGAGGUUACGUCGUAGUACAGCGAGCUGCGAGGAAGAUGACGACGAUGAGGAUCUGUUACCGUGCGGUCAGGAAGUAGUCCGUAACAAUGAGACGCUCAACACCGAUGACAUCAUACGGGAUAAGCUGCGCAAGCUGGGCACCACCCGGAUUAACGCAACGCAUAUAGCCAGCCAGUUAGCUGCCCUGGGCGAUGAGGUGUUUGAGGUGUUUACGAAUCCUGCCAUCUGCUCCCAGUACAUGCGGCUCGAUCAAUCGGUGCUGGAAGAAGGUGAAAACAAAGCGGAACUCAUCCGGUCCUCCCAAACCAAUGGAGACGAUCGAGAGCGGAUGGCACGGCGUGUGUCAACCGAGGAUGAACCGCCCAUACCACACAAUCUCUCCGAUGAGCAACGGAAGCUGCAGAUAAAUGCGGUCGAACGGAUCUUUGCCGAUUGCGAGCGAACGCUGCACGAUAUGACGAAUCUCGAUCAGAUGGAAGCAGAGACGAUAGAGAUGGCAGCGGUAGAGGAACGGCCACAACCGCCAGCGCUACCAUCAAAGCUGUCCAACACACUGGCGGCCAUCGAUUGGGAUGAAGAGAUCCAACAGAACACCGUUAAACCUCGCGUCUCAUCGUUCUUCCUCGAGAAGGGUCCGUUCUAUGGGUUGCCGUCGUCGGUGCGCCGCAUUCUAAAGGAUUUCCGCGGUAUCGGGGAGCUGUACGAUUGGCAACGUGAGUGUCUCGAGCUUCCGGCGAUCCAAGAACGCCGUAAUCUGAUCUACGCCCUACCGACGAGCGGUGGCAAGACGCUGGUAGCGGAGAUACUAAUGCUCCGCGAGGUGCUGUGCCGGUUGCACAACGUUAUCUUCAUCGUGCCCUACGUUUCGCUGGCACAGGAGAAGAUGAUCGCACUUAGUCCCUUCUCGAUCGAGCUGCAGUUCCUGCUGGAGGAGUACAGUGGUGGCAAGGGUCAGUGUCCUCCUCGGAAGCGACGCAAGAAAAACACGAUCUUCGUGUGUACGAUCGAGAAGGCGAUGAUGCUGAUGGACUCGCUGGUCGAGGAAUCACGCGCCAACGAGAUCGGUAUGAUCGUGAUCGAUGAGCUGCACAUGAUCGGUGAACCACGGCGCGGUGCCUGUCUCGAGAUGCUGAUCACCAAGGUGCAGGCACUGCGUGCGGGCAUUCAGAUCGUCGGGAUGAGUGCAACGAUCGGGAACCUUAACGAGGUCGCCCGUUUCAUGCUGGCCGACGUGUACUGCCGGGACUUUCGACCGGUGGAGCUGCAAGAGUAUGUGAAAUGUGGCGAGGCACUGUACGAGGUACGUGGUCAGCAGGGCCACGGUUCACGAAGCGAGCAAGUUUUCGGCGAGAAGCGAUCCCUCCGGUUCGAGGAUUACUCGGACGAACUGCGCCGCAUCGAUCCAGACGGUAUCGUGGGCCUGAUCCUGCAGGUCAUCCCGACCGGUUCCUGUCUGGUGUUUUGUCCGACGAAACGAAUGUGCGAGAACCUGUCUGCGAUGCUGGCAAAACAUCUGCCACCGGCUCUGGCGGAGCAUCGGGCAGAGGAGAAGGCAAAGCUGAUCAAAUCAUUAGCCGAAGAUGGUUCGGUGGCACCGGUUUUGCCUCAGUCGUUUCGCGUUGGAGUCGCUUACCAUCACGCUGGUUUGACGCAGGAUGAACGGCGUACCAUCGAGGAUGCUUUUCGGGCCGGAGUUCUGUCACUGAUCGUCUGCACGUCGACACUGGCCGCGGGCGUGAACCUGCCCGCUCAGCGUGUCAUCAUUCGAUCACCGUACAUCGGCACCAGCUUCCUAACGCUUAGUCGCUACAAACAGAUGGUGGGCCGAGCGGGACGGGCCGGAUUCGGCGAGAAGGGUGACUCGAUUCUCGUUUGCGCACAGCGUGACAUUCCGCAGGUUUGCGAAAUGCUCUGCUCACCGAUGGAUCUCGCGGAAUCAUCGCUCAUGGUGGACGAUCGUGUACAGUUUAAAUCGUUGCUCCUCAGUGCGAUCGGUCUCGGGAUCUGUGGGACCCGGGAUGCACUGCAAACACUGGCCAGUAGCACACUGCUGAGCCAACAAGCGGAACGCCGUCAGCUUGACCUGCACACGAUCACCGAUGAAGUGAUCGUACAGUUGUACCAAGGCAAUGCCAUCAAAGCUCGACAAGAUAGCUGCCUCCGUAAUCCUCCCAACAUGAUUGUGACGAUCAGUAUGGCCGAGGCGGAAGAACCGGCACCGGAACUGACAUUUGGCGAUUCCCACGGAGAGACACCACGGGCGGCGUCGUUCAUUCGCGUCCACAAGGAUCCGUCACAGCCCGGCAAACUGAUCAAAACGAUCGAGCGAAACAGUCAGCUGGAGGUAAACCGCCUCGGCAAGGCGGCCAUCCGCGGUGGGUUCGAUAUGGAGAAAGCGGUCCGAUACUAUGACGAGAUGCAGACACUCGGCAAGCGGCUCUGUGUGCUCGAUGAGUACGACCUUUUCUAUCUGAUCCUGCUCGAGGAUGGCCGCGAGGUGCACCUGAAAGUAGACGAACUGAUCGCACUGAUCAAUCAAAUGACGAGCGAGCAGCAACGUAUUGCCGAACGGUACGGCAUAGGAAAUGUACUGAUGACGAAGAUCCUCACGAGGCGCGCGAUUCCGGAUGAGCAGAUGCACAAGAUGCUUCGCUUCGUCCGGGUGCUGAUCGUGCACGAGCUGUGGCGUCAGACGAGCGUACAGGAGGUCGCCCAGCGAUAUCACGUCAACGCUGGCUCGCUGCAGACCCUGAUGAAUGGUACGGCUGGGACGGCCUACAGUUUGUUGCGAAUGUGCGAAGAGGUACCGGAACUGUGGGCCUUUAAGCAUCUACUAACCGGGAUCAUCGAGCGGUUAACGCACUGUUGUAAGCUCGAGCUGAUGCCAUUAAUGGAGCUUCCUUCGGUGAAGCUGGGACGUGCAAAGCAGCUGUACCGGGCUGGAUUCACAACGCUGGCUUCGAUAGCCCGUGCCAAGUCGAAGGAGCUGGUCGAAUCGGUCGAACACAUGAACUACCGGGCAGCUAAUCAGUUGAUACUGAGUGCGAAGGCCAAACUUAUGCAGGAAGUUGAUGCACUUCGCGAACAGGCGGAAGAGUACCUGUCGCAGCUGAAUCGUUAAACGAUUCGUGUUCACCGUUGUCGCGCC